CUUUCUCCAUCGUAUUUUUGGUUUAUGUGAAUUAGAAAAGUUUAUUUAAUCAUUCGAAUUGUGUAAAAUACAAGUUUUCUACCGAUAAAAGUAAAUUACAAGUUCUAAGUGCGUACCACGGCCGCAUCCUUUUGGUAUUGCCCUGUGAGAGACAUAGUCAGCAUUUUAUCAUACAUGUUUAUUCAUAUCGGAGCUUAUUACUAUUCAAUAUAAUCUAUUGAUCUUAGAAGAAUUAUACGAUAUAUCACAUCCACCAUGACUACAUCAUCGGAAGAUGUUUUAAUGCAAGUGGGACAAGUACGUUAUAAGAAGGGAGAUGGUACAUUAUAUGUUAUGAAUGAACGAAUAGCUUGGAUGCUCGAUAAUAAGGAUACUGUAUCUGUCAGUCACAAAUAUGGUGACAUUAAAUUACAAAAGAUAUCACCUGAAGGAAAAUCAAAAAUACAGUUACAAGUGGUUCUACAUGAUGGAUCCUCGUCUACGUUUCAUUUUGUAAAUCGUAAUGGACAAGAAGCACAAAUUAAGGAUCGAGAUGAUGUCAAAGAAUUACUUCAGCAACUAUUACCAAAAUUUAAAAGAAAAGUAAACAAAGAAUUAGAAGAAAAAAACAGAAUGUUACAAGAAAAUCCUGUCUUGUUACAAUUAUAUCGUGAUUUAGUAAUACCGCAAGUUAUUACAUCUGAAGAAUUUUGGACUCAACACGCUGCAGAAUACACACGUGCUAAGAAAGUUCAACGUCAAGAGAUAGGUGUCAAUGGUGCUUUUUUAGCUGAUAUUAAACCACAGACCGAUGGUUGUAAUGGACUGAAAUAUAAUCUAACCAUAGACGUUAUAGAAUGUAUAUUUAAAACUUAUCCAGCAGUCAAAAGAAAACAUCAAGAAAAUGUACCUCAUAAAAUGACGGAAGCAGAUUUUUGGACAAAAUUCUUUCAGUCUCAUUAUUUUCAUCGGGAUCGUAUCAAUGCAGGGACCAAGGAUCUAUUUACCGAAUGUGCCAAGAUAGAUGAUCAAGAACUUAAAAAAGAUAUUCAAUCUGGAAUAAAUGAUCCUUUGGUUGAUAUAACUUCCUUUGAGGACCAAACAUUAGAUGAAAAUUAUGGAAGUGGCUUAAGUAAAUCCGACAAAACUUCAGGGAAUAUUGUUCAUCAAAGUAUGAUCAAAAGAUUUAAUCAACAUAGUAUUAUGGUUUUGAAAGCUAGCACUACUAAACAAUCUACACAGAAUUCUCAACCACAGUUAAAUGGAUCAACGCCAUCUGUAAGCAAAUCUUCCACCAAUGAUCAACCAGAUAUCCAGCCAAAGAAUAAAAAGCUUAGGAUACAAGAGAAAUUAAUUUAUGAUGACCUCGAUGCUAGCUGUGACUCAAAUACAAAUAAUGGUGCGCCAUUAUGUUUAACACAUGUAGAUAGGUAUUUGCAUGGGCCUGUGCCAGGAUAUGGAAUGACAGAAGCACCCUCAGAUGAACUUUUAAUGGCAGUAAAUCAAUUACAAAAAGAAGCAGCUUCUUGGAUUUCAGGAAAUGGUUUGCCAAGACAAGCUCCUACUUCAUUAGUUAGUCCAGCUGCAGCUGUAUCAGCUUUAGGAGAAUUGACACCCGGUGGAUCUCUUAUGAAAAGCUUUAGAGAAGAAAGUCUUGGACAGUUAAUACCAAAGGAUUUGGAAACAGAAUUACGUAAUGUAUAUGUUUGUAUAUGUCAACUAUUAAGGCACUUUUGGAGAAGUUUUCCACCUACAACACCACAACUUGAAGAGAAAGCAAUUAGGAUGCAUGAAGCUUUACAUAGAUUUCAUUCGGUUAAACUUAAGCCAUUUGAAGAUCGUGUUCAAAGAGAAUUUUCCGCAAUUAGUCAACACUUAACCAGUCAUUUAAAUCAAUUAUUGAAUACUGCAUAUAGAAAAUUUGCACUAUGGCAACAACGUAAAAUGCAAAUGAGGUAGCCAUUCAUUAAUGUUCUAAAAUAAAAUACAACACACAAAUAAAACAGAGCAAUACCAAUCAUCCUACAUAUAUUGCAUUUUAUAACGUUACCGUAAUUAGGUGUUGAUAUGGAUGUAUUUCACAAAAACCAAAGCCAAGUUGAGUUACACAUCCUAUGCUGCCAAGCAUUGUUUGUUUAUUUAUUAAUACUUAAAUAUGUUCUAUAUCAUAAAACUGUCUUUACAAAUUUUUCAUUGGAAGUCAGGUCACAAUAAUUACCAUCAAUACAUGUUUAUUUUCAUAAUAUGUAGUUUAUAGAUUAUUUAUUUAAUUUCUAUAGAUUGUUAAGAUAAUUUACAUGUAUUGCAUUAUCAGUAAACGGAUAUUAGUAUUUUUAAGAUCAUUGCAAAGAGCAUCAAUAUUGUCAAUGAAAAAAAAAAAAAUGAUUAAUUUAUUUCCAUCAUAUAAAUUGCGUUGACUUUUAUUUAUUUUAAAUAAAAAUUUAUUGAUGUUCCAAUUUGCAAAAAUAUAUAAUAAUGAAAAAUUAUGAAUGGAGGUUUUAGGAUUUGUAAAAUGCAAACGUUUUGCCAAGUACGAGUAAUAAGAAAUAUCUGACUAUUGCAAGAUAUCAAAAGAGGGAUGAAACUGCCACUGCACAAUUUAGAAUAAAAUAUUUCUAUUUUAUAUUACCACUUGGCUUAAAGAAUAUUUUUUAUUUGUUAUAAUAAAAAUAUCCUGACACACUCUUGAUUGUCUUUUUAAUAAAAUAUAUGCUAUAGAUAAUUCAUAUGAGAACAUUUGUAAUGUACUACAAAGAUAUAUUAUAAUUCAUAAGUUUUA